AUGCCAACAGAACAAUUAUCAAAAAAACAUAAUUCUUCAUCGAAACAUGAUACAGUCAAUGGUACAAAUGGUGUACCUAUGAAAUUAAUAUUACCAGGUGAUGAAUCACGUCGAUCAAAUCGUCGUGACAUGACAAAAACUGAUAAAUUAAUGAUGGUACUUAAUGAAUUAUGUUUUUCAAUAUCAUAUCGUAAACAAAUAACAAUAUGGGAACAUAAAUUUUUACCAAAUGAAUAUUUAAUAUCACAUUUAGAAAAUCGUUUUAAUAAAUCUUUAUCUGAAAUGGUUAAUUAUCGUCCACCAGCUAUGGAAAUCGCUAAACCAUCAGAAUUAUUAUCAUCCGUUGAAUCUUAUAUGGAUAUUUUAACAUUAGUUGAAUCUCAUUGUCAAAUCGAUACAACAAGAAUAUUUAAUGAAGUUCUUUUACAACAAAGUCAACCAUUAGAUAGUGCAGGAAAUGAAACAAUAACCUCACUUUAUACACAUUGGUUUCUUGAAGUUCUUAUUAAACGUAUUACAAUGGGUACAAUUGUUUAUUCACCAAUACGUCGAUCAUUUGUUAGUAUACAUCAACAAGAUUUAACAUUACCAUUUGAUCCAGAAGAAUAUGCUUCAUUUAAUGAAUUAAGAGCAUUAGUAGAAUUAAUUAAACCAUAUGGUUGUAAAUAUUUAUGUGAAAUGAUUCUUUAUCGUUGUGUACAACAAAUAAAUGAAAUUCGUAAAUUAACACAUAGUCAACGUGAUCUUCUUAAUAAUCUUCGUAUAAAUUUUGAUAAACCCGCACAAAUGAAACUCUAUUUAAAACAACUUGAACAUGUUGAUUUACUUUUACAACGUGUUAUCUUAAUUGGUGUUUUAUUACAAUUAAAAAAUCUUAUUGAAGAAGCUUUACAAGAUGUUUUACAUAAACGUAUGCCAUUUUUAAUGGUUACAUUAGAACAUUUCUAUUCACAAUAUAAAACAACAACAUUUUCAAAUGAUCCACAACAUCAUUUACUUAUAAAUGAAAUGAUAUCAUCAACAGGUACAUCAACAAUAAUCGAUUCAACAUUAUGUCAAGCGUUAAUUAAUCAAAAAAAUUCUAUAAAUAAUAAUACAAAUAAUUCUGAUCAAACAACAACAAAUAAUGAAUCAGAAGAAUAUAUUCUUUCAUGUUUAAUUAUGGUUUAUAUUGCUGUUGCAUUACCACGUUUAGCAAGACUUGAAUCAACAAAAUAUAUUGUUGCAUUAGAUGCACAUGCAAAUAAUUCUCAUUGUUUAAUACGUGCAAUAAAUACAUUAAUAACAACAUUCUUUUUUGAACAUGGUCAAAGACAUAUUGAAGAUCGUUGUAAAGAAUUUCUUGCAUUAGCAUCAUCAAGUUUACUUCGUUUAAUUGAUGUUGAUUGUGGUAGUAGUGGUGGAGGACAAACAACGAAAUAUUCAAAUACAAAUACAAAUUCAACAACAAAUAAUUCAAAUGGGUUACCAAAUGAUAUUAUACAUAAAGAAGCAACAUAUAUAUUAUUAGAACAAUUUGUUAAUCAAUGUCCUUAUUUAACACGUGAUUUACUUGAAACAUGUUUUCCAUCGAGUGUUUUACGUAAUGCUUUUUUUAUUAUUUCAAGUAAUAUUGAAUGA